AUGGCUCUUAGCUUUUCGUCCGUUUUUACCUCGGAGCGCCUCAUCUAUGAGGCCUUUGACAAUGCCGACGAGGACACGAAAAAGUUUCUGUACCACCAGAUGGCCAUGGAUCCCGAGAUCAAGGGCCUCGACAGCAUCCAGGCCUUUGCGCCGCUGUCCAAGUCGAGCUACCUCGAGUCGCUCGGUCAGUGGAAGAAUAACCUGAUGAAUGUCAUCAUCUGCCUGAAGCCAGAUAACUGGGACGAGAUCGCGGGAGACUACAGCCGCGAGGAGCACACCAAGGGCCUGCGCGGCGUGCCCAUUGGCAUGAUGGGCCUCUCCGGGGCUCCCGCGUCGCUCGCGCACCACCGCCGCGCGGGUCUGGGCAUGUCCGUCGGCAGCAAGUGGCAGGGCCAGGGCUACGGCUCCGAGGCGCUGCGGUGGCUCGCUGGCUGGGCGUUUGACUGGGGCAACAUGCACAGCUUGUUUCUGCAGACCUUUAGUAUCAACGAAAAGGCCAUCCACAUGUACGAGAAGGCUGGCUUUGUGGUGGACGGCCGGGAGCGCGAGGCCAUGUACCUGGCGGGCAGGUGGGUGGAUGUCGUUGACAUGUCGAUGCUGGAGCAGGAUUGGAGGGCUCAAGAAGCGGCUGAGAAGAAAAGCCUCAGGAGCUAG